UCAUCAGUGACAUACCAACCCAGAUGACGGACCAUGCUGCGCGCCCAGCAGCCCAGCACAUAAAUGUCUUGGUAGUUGUACUCAAGCUCCCUCGCAAUUCCGACAAAGGCCUUCACAUUAUCCGCUGCAUGUGUAAAAGAUCGUGCUGUGUAGCGGUGUCAGCUGUUGCCAUUAAAGUACGAGAUCCUUCUUUGUAGCUGACAGAAGAAGUCUACUACUAGGCACAGAAUCCAUGGAUUUCGAGACAGGUGGUCGGUCCAGAUAAUUAGCUCCACCGCCCACGACCAUGAGUCCUCUGAUACGAUGGUACGUGGAAUGCA